AAAAAAACUUGGCUGUUUUUAAAAUCAAGUCCUUUGUUUUAACGCUCGCGGGAAAAAAGAAGGAAGCCGAAGGAUCGCAUGCGCGUCGGCUGUCGGUUUAGUUUGUCGGCUGGUCACCCCACCUCCUGGUUGGUGCCUGCUGCUGCUACUGCUGCUGGAAGAAUAUAAUAAUCAGUGUGCAUCAGCAGUGUGUUGGCCCACCGGCCACUGAAACAGUCUUGGAAAAUACUCGUUGAUAUUUUAAUUUAUUACCUUUUUAUUUAUUGUUAGUUGGGGUUUUAAUUGUGCCAAUUGUGGAAAUUAUUGACGGAUUUAUUGACAGGUAACCUUGAACCCACAUGACCCCUCUGAGGAUACUUGGUGGUUCCUGUUCAUACUUUUAAUAAUUAUUCUUUUAUUUAUUAUAAUUGAAUAGUGUGUUUUUGUGUACCUGGGAAUUAUGUUUCCGUAUACGACAUUUCCGACUGUGGGUAUUUUCAAGGAUGCAGGACGACCAUCAUUGGGUGAAAUUCAGGAAGAGCUUCAAUUCUUUGAAAGUUUCGUGUUUAAUCCUUCAGGUUGUGAUUUGGGAAGAUACUUCUGAAAAUGGCUGACACCCAAGGGAGCUACGUACAUCAUUGUUGUUAUUAUUAUUAUUGUUAUGGAGUCUUUCCAAGCGACAACAAUUCAGCGCUGGCAUGGAGGCUGCAAACGGUGCGAUAGACCACGAUUUUCACAAUACUCUAGUGCCAAUAAACGGCAGCCACUCUGGAAGCUCCGGCAGAAGCACACCCAACAGCGGUGACCCGGCUCCUGGUAAAUUAUUUGUUGGAGGACUGUCAUGGCAGACUAGCAGUGAGAAACUCAGAGAGUACUUUGGGAUGUUUGGAACAGUAACAGAUGUUUUGAUAAUGAAGGAUCCAGUUACUCAGCGGAGUCGUGGAUUUGGCUUCAUAACAUUCGCCGAACCUGGAAGCGUGGACAAAGUACUUAAGUGCCCAAUCCACACUCUGGACGGUAAGAAAAUAGACCCAAAGCACGCGACUCCUAAAAACCGAGCAAAGCAAGCUAACCGAACAAAGAAAAUCUUCGUCGGGGGCGUAAGCCAGGACACGAGUAGCGACGAAGUUAAGGCUUACUUCAACCAAUUCGGCAAGGUUGAAGAAACCGUGAUGCUGAUGGACCAGCAAACAAAGCGACAUCGCGGAUUCGGCUUUGUAACUUUCGAAAAUGAGGACGUAGUCGACCGAGUUUGCGAGAUUCACUUCCACACAAUAAAGAACAAGAAAGUCGAGUGCAAAAAAGCCCAGCCAAAAGAAGCGGUUCAACAAAGCGCCCUCGCGCUGGGCAAAAGAGUAGUUUUGGGCGCGCUGGGUGUCAGGUUAGCACCUCAGCCGCCCCUACAGGUGGCGACAGCGUCUCAGAUUGUCGCCGCACAAGCCCAAGCUCAAGUUCAAGCUGCCGCCGCAGCUGCCGCGGCAGCACAAGUACAAAGCGCCGUCGCUGGCUACGGGAAGCUCUUUGCCAGCAGCUACCCGGCGUUGUCCGCUUACCGCUACGCUCCCUACCCAAUUCCUGCGGCUGCAGUCGCAGCGCCCCCUCAGGCUCCAGCGCCACCUACUGCCGCUAACACAGCGCCCCAGCAAGCCGCCGCAGCUCCCGGGAAUCCCUACCAAGGAUACUCUCUCACUAACGUCGACAUGUCCAGCUUCCAGGGCGUCGAUUGGGGCUCCAUGUACGGAAUGGGUAUGUACGUCUAAAUUCUACUCAACACUAGCAAUCCUCGUCUUCGAUUCAUCUUUAAGUCUUGGACCAACUGCAGCGUCAUCUUCUGGAUUUAUUUCUUCACAAGUCUGAUUUUUUCUUUUUUUUUUUUUUCAAUUAACUUAUUAUUAUUUAUAGACUUGUCUAAAUUAUUUUUUUUUUUUUUCGGUAGAUUUAUACAUAUAUUUAUUUUUUAAAUUAAUUAAUAGCUUCUUGAUAUAGUAUUCAAGUGGCAGAAGCAAUACUCUUUUAUGAAAAGGGAGUGAUAAGUUUUUAAUAAUUAUAAUAAUUAUAAUAAUAAUAAUAAUAAUAAUAAUAAUAAUACUAAUAAUAA